UGUCACGUAGUAGCUUGUAUAUCUUUACAAUUUCAAUUGCUAUAAUUUGUUUUUUUUUUUUCUUUGACGGAAUUGCUAUAAUUUUUUGACAUUUUACAACUACUAAGUAGUAUAAAAAUUUACAAAAAUUAAUUUUUAUAAUUAAAAUAAAUAUGGUACUCAGUAAUUUCAACAUUGAUUAUUAGAAACAAAUAAAUAAAUAAAAAAUAAAAAAAUAAAAAGGGAGGGGGGGGGGAGCAAAAUCCCAAAUGGAUAAAAGUUAAAACAAGGAAAGAAAGUUCUGGAAAGAGAAAGGACAUUUUCUAUUUCUAAAUGAAUCCAUUUUCGCGCCUAUAUAUACCGCCACCAUAACCGUCACCUGAAUCCACACUCCCACCAUUACCCUUUUUCUCUCUCUAGAAAACUUUCUCUCUCCUCCUUUGAAGCUCUCAACAAUGGCGUCUCAAUUUCAGGUCGUCAUCUUCCUCUUCGCAAUUCUCACCUCUGUUUCACUCAUUUCCGCCAUUGAUACAACCUCCUCCACCUUCACAUUCUCAUCAUCUUCCUCCUCACCUUCACCUUCACCUUCUUCGCCGCCAUUUCCGUAUUCCUCCUCCGAAGCUCUGAAUCAACCUCAGUUUCUCUCUCCUCUCACCGCCAUCACCAAAAUUCUCAGCGAUCUCGGCUUCCACGAGCUCGCAACAGCGUCGCACUCGCUCUCUCUCUCCUCCGCCUCACACCUCCGGUGGCUCGGCCCUAUCACAAUCUUCGCUCCGGUGGACUCCUCUGUUCGCACCUGUCCUUCGUGCUCGCUCGCUCUGCUUCUGCAAGAGCACACCGUCUCAGGCUUGUACCCUAGCGAUUACCUCAAUCGCCUCAUUUUCGGCACGAAAAUCGAGACGAUUCUCCCCGGCCGCUGCCUCACCGUCACCUCCGCCGCCAACUCCACCGCAAUCUUCAUCAGCGGCGCUCAGAUCACUCGUCCAGACCUCUACAUCGGCGACCACGUCAUCAUCCAUGGCCUCCAAGGCUUCAUCUCUCACGUCUCGCCGUACUCCUGCUCAAUGGACAAGAUGACGUCACUCAAUCUUCCUCAUCCUAACCCUGCCAUGGCGCUCAACCGCGUGAUGCUCGCGGAGGCGAUGAUUCGUCUCCGAGUAAGCGGUUACAGUGUCCUCGCCCUUGCAAUGCGUAUCAAGUACGCUGAGCUUGUGACUCUACACAACAUGACGAUCUUCGCCGUCGACGACUCCACAAUCUUCCACGGCGGCCACUCCUACGUUCACAGCGUCCGAUUCCACAUAAUCCCUAACCAAAUGCUAAAACUCGCCGACCUCGAAUCUCUCCCAGUGUCGACGGUUUUUCCGACGCUAGAAUCCGGCGAAACUCUCACAAUCACCACCCCUGGCGGCGGCGGUGUGAUGUCUCCGGUAAGAAUCAACUACAUCAAAAUCAAGUACCCUAACCUAAUCUACAAUUCCAAGCUUGUCAUUCAUGGACUCGCUUCUCCUUUUCCUCACCUCCGCCAAUCGAUUGCUGUUAGUACUGGACGGUCAGGAUUUUAUCCGAUUACAAGCGGUGAGUAUGGAUCUGGUGUGGGAGAUUCCGCUUCUGUUGAUGUGCGUCAAUCUACUGAGCCUGCUGCUCCUUCUCCUGUGAUGAAAUCAGUUGUUGAGAUGAUUGAUGAUAUUCAUCAAGGUCUGUGAUCUGUUCAUCUUCUUAGUCCACUAAACUUGAUGAAUUAGGUCUAUUUUCUGUUAAUUGCUGUUUUAGCCUGAUUUUAGGGUUGCUAAUAAUCUUUGUUUUUAGUCUGAAAUGAGUGUAAACAUCGGAUGUAAUUAGAUUUCUAGUUGAAGAAAUCUGUAGUUAAAUUUUGAUAGUAAUGAAGUUUUGAUUUGGUAGAAUAAUUUUUGUA